AUGUCAUCGGACCCCAAACCCGUCGGCGGCCAGUGGCACAAGGCCGCGCGCGGGGAGCUGUCCCCCCCCAAGGGCGCGAGCGAGGAGACGCUCGUGCCUCAGCUGUUCACGGCAUCAGUGCCGGACCCGCGGACGCAGCGGCACUUUCGCGGCGACUCAUCGGGACAGGACUGGCUUCCAGUGCCAACUGCUGAGGACGUGCGCGCCUAUUCGCCGAGUGAGCUGGAGGCGGCGCGGCUGCAGCUCGUGGCGGCGCUCGACGGGGCCGAGCACUCUCUCGCCAGUGACUUCUCUGUUGAGGCGGCGCAGCAGCGGACCCACCUGGCGAGGGUUUUGGCGAUGACCCUCCUCCGGCUGGGCAGCCCGCUGGACGCGGAGCAAACCAUCGUCGACGCGCUCGGCGUGCCGCGCGGAGUCACGGGCGGCGAGGCGGCGCGGUGGUGCAGGGCGCGCGGUGGAGACGCGGGCUGCUCCUCCGAGGAGAAGAGUUGCGAGCCUGCGCCGCUCGAAAUGGCCUUCCUGCUGGGGGUGUGCUACCAAAAGAGCGGCCGCACACGCGAGGCGCUGGCCGCCUUUGAGGAGGUCCUGCGCGAGAGCGAGGGCCAUUGGCGCGCCCGCUACCACACAGCUCUGCUCGCCAUCGGCGGCGGCAGGCGGGCGGGCGCCGAGGGGAGGCGGGCCACCGCACCGCACGACGAAGGCGAGGCGGCGCUGAGGCGCGUGCUCGCCUGCCAGCCGGAGCACGCAGGCUCCCUCUCGCUCCUCGCGCGGCUGGAGGAGCGGCAGAGGGCGCUGCGGAAUGAGCUGCAAGUGCCUGCAUGCCGGUGACGCUGACGGGGCGGUAGCCCUGCGGUAUUGCCUUGUGUGCUUGUGUGGAGAAAGCGUGUGGUUGUGCCGUGUCAGACUCAGUAUUUUCGUUCUCCGGUUCUGCGAGACGUAUCGUCAGGUACGUUCUGAUAGGAAGUGUUUCGCAGCUACUACUACUA